AUGGAUCUCACAACACGUCGGUGUGAGGAUGGCGGCGAACUCGUCAAUGGGGGCGAGUGUAUAAGGGAUAUAAGGGAUGUAAAUGGACAGAGUAGUGACGUCACAGGGGUGAUAGAAGUUUCCAGAAAAACCAGCUCAUUCAGCAUAAGAAAUUUAGUUGGAGGGGGUGACGAUCGACCUGCCGACGGCAAUGCAAAUCCAAGUGAGGAAGAAGAUAGAGAAAGAAGU